GGAAGAGGCAGAAGCAGACGCCCCAGCAGCAGCAGCCCCUCGGCCUGCCUCCUUGGCUCGGUGUCCCUGAGGCGCCUGGCUGCGUCCCUCCUUGCGAAGGAGGAAGGCGAGGCGCCGGCGAUGUACCCUCCGGGCUCGUCUUGGAACAUCUCCUUCGCGGGCUGCGGCUUCCUGGGGGUCUACCACAUCGGGGUGGCCAGCUGCCUCCAGGAACACGCGCCCUUCCUGGUGGCCAACGCCCGCACCGUCUACGGAGCCUCCGCCGGCGCCCUCACCGCCACCGCCCUCGUCACCGGAGCCUGCCUCGGUGAGGCUGGUGCAAAUAUAAUUCAUGUAUCCAAAGAAGCUCGGAAGAGAUUUCUUGGUCCAUUGCACCCAUCCUUUAACUUGGUGAAAAUCAUCCGUUCUUGCCUAUACAAGACCUUGCCAGACAAUGGGCAUGAGUUGGCUAGUGGACGCUUGGGCAUCUCACUAACACGCGUCUCAGAUGGAGAGAAUGUCAUAUUAUCAGAGUUUACUUCCAAAGAAGAGCUUAUCCAGGCAUGUGUCUGCAGCACUUUCAUUCCUGUAUACUGUGGUCUCAUCCCUCCAAGUCUACAAGGAGUGAGGUAUGUUGAUGGAGGGAUUUCAGACAACCUGCCACAGUAUGAACUGAAGAACACCAUCACAGUAUCUCCCUUCUCAGGCGAGAGUGAUAUAUGUCCAAGGGACAGUUCUACCAAUAUCCAUGAGCUCAGGGUGACUAAUACCAGCAUUCAGUUCAAUCUGCGAAACCUCUACCGCCUCUCCAAGGCCCUGUUUCCACCGGAGCCUCAGGUUCUGCAGGACAUGUGUAAGCAGGGCUACAAGGAUGCUUUACACUUCCUGAGGAAAAAUGGUCUCCUACAGCACCAAAGGCCUGCCCGCCCUUUGCUGGCCAUUGGAAAUGGUGCUGAUGGCAGAAACCCUGAAGAGGAAGCCGAAGAAGAGGAGGACCAGUUGGGAGAGAACCCGGCACUGGUGGAGGCUGAAGAGCAUAUCCUGGAACACUUGCCUCCUAAACUAAACCAAGCACUUUUGGAAGCCUGUGCGGAGAGGAGAGGACUCUUCACUGGCAUUGCCAACCUGCUACCUAUACGCCUGGCAUCUACCUUGAUGCUCCCGUAUACACUUCCUCUAGAGUCUGCUGUCUCAUUCACAGUCAGAUUGCUUGAAUGGCUGCCAGAUGUUCCCGAGGAUAUUAGGUGGAUGAAAGAACAGACCAGAAAAGUCUGCCACUAUCUUAUGAGAAAAGCAAAGAACAAACUGGGAAGUCACCUCUCAGCCAGGCUCUACUACCAUCUUGAACUCAGAAAGACCCAAAGCUUGCCUCUCCCCCUGAGCGUCAGCUAUGGAGAGGCACUGCCGAAGUGGCUGCGGAGCAACCUCUCUCUGACGGACGUUAUGACCAAAUGGGAAGAGUACCAGCGCCAGCUGAUGCUGGGGCUGUUCUGUAUUAACGUGGACCUGCAGGCGUCGAUAUUCCCCUUGGAAGGACUGCGGAUGAGACACCCGUCGUCAGGCUGCACGCAAGAGAGCCUCCAGCUCUUCUGAGACUCACCACUGUUUGAGCAGAGGGGAAGGGAAAAGAGGGUGGGUAGUGACCACAUCUUAAUAGUCUCCUAAUGGAACUCUUUAUAGCCACUAAUGGAUUUUUCCCCUUCCUGUUCAAGAAAGAAAAUUGGUAUAAAAAUAACCCAUCAUGCCACUGCUGAGUGGGAGACUGAUACAAUGUGUUGAGUACACUCUUGGAAAGAAUGGUGGAUAAAAUACUUGGCAACUGCAGCACAUGUGGUUGGUCUCUUAGCUGAACUGGGAAGAACAUAACCUGGAAAAUGCCUUGGGAGGCAUCAUCCUGAACUUCUUGUUAGUAAUGGGAGGAAUGGGACACAAUCAGUGCUCUGGUAUUUCAUUCUCGUUUUUUUUAACCUAUCACUUUUAAAAUUAUAAAGUUUUUCUGUUUUAUGAAAAUUUUUAGUGCCCUGAGAUCUUCUCUUUCUGAGCUGUGGAACAAUAGAAAAGGGAAAGCAGUCUGGAAGGACCACUUCUUGUAGUGAAGGCACUCUGUGGUUUUCUUGGUUCUCAACAGAGACAUCUUGUAAUUGCUGCCUCCUAUUCUCAUGCAAAUCCACUGUGAAUGUAUCACACAAUAUAGAUAUCGGAAGUGCAGAACUGUUAGCUUAAGUCCUGAUCUACUAGUGUUCCCUAUUUUUCUCAGGCUAGUCUCCUUCUAUAGGAUAUUUUAUUCUGGGGAGAAGAGAAAUGCUUAGAAGUUCCUAAAUAUGGUUGCUAAAACUGUGUUUGAACUUUAUUUUCAGAUAACCUGUUUGUUUUUUUUAAAUGUCUCCUGCUAUUUCAUCCCCAAUGUUUUAUUUAUCUUCUUAAUGUUUAUGAUCAUAAAACGAAUGUAAAGAAGGAUGAAAGGGGAACAUGGGAGCUAAGGAUAAUGCAUGUUUCAGAAUGGUUUGUGACAAGUAUGAUUAACGAGCUGGCCAUAGAAGGAUAAUGAACAGGGAAGCAUUUGGGUUGCACUUGCAAAUGGACAUGAAGCAAUUAAAACCUAGAUACCAACAUCCAGAGUGGUGCAAAUGGAGGUAACAUUUCCUGUGAAAUUCAUACCUCACUUGUGCCAGUUGUAGAAGAUGCUGACAGUUCUAGCAAGAUGGUGGCUAUUUAGCCUGUUGUGGUAAAGUAGGGAUAAGGAUCUAAAGGUCCCGAUGGAGAUGGCAGGACUGUAUGAACAGUAGGAAUAGAAAUGAAAAGCCAAAUUGAUGGUACAUCCUUCUUUGCAUCCUUAAUGUGUUGAACCAGCAAACCCUUGCUUCCUUUAUGCUCGGAUAAUAGAAAUAUAAUUACCACAGAUUAACUUUAUUGAUUCAGAACACACACACACACACCUACCCCCCACUACUCUUGUCCACCUUUUUGUGCUCCAACCUCUAUUUGCUGAACUUGAAACACUCCAGGUAACGGAGCAAAUUCCACCUCUUUCCUAAGUCCAUGAUCAAAUGUAAUGUAUCUACAACUGAUUUUCACCAGCACUGACCUUCUUUGUAUUGUUUUCACUGCCGUUGCCUUGUUCUUACUACCGUGUAGUAUGGCCACUCUGUCAUACGAUUGGAAAAGGGCAGGGUUCCAUUUCAUAUAGCAAUACUGUUUUAUCUGACACACUUUUCUCUAUUGGGAUCCAAUGGGACCUUCCUUGUUGUGAUUGUGUAAUAUAAUAGCACACAUGUUUUAUGCCAUAGGAACAAAAGGGAGAGUGGCUACCUUUGUAUAGAGAUAAAGUUUAAUUUCCUUUUUACUCUAACCAGAUGGCCAUUUCUGUUCUUGUAGUAUCACAAUCUGAUGAAUGCCAAAGACAGCACAGCAGUUGGGUGCUGUGGAGAUGGCUUAGAAACUGUGAAUAAAUCAGUGUUAAUAGUAAUGGAGUUUCAGGUGCCAAUAGAGAACAGGUGGGUGGAUGUAGUUUGGAACACAUGCAUGUACAAGGGGCAUCUAGUAGAUUUUUGUAGUGCCAAAGCAGAUGAGAGGUAGCUUAUUGCACAAAUGAGCUGCAUGCUGCUCUUUGUCAACAAAGGCCCAUACCUGCCUGAUUUUUUUUUAACGGUGCGGUGUAAGGCAGGGAAUAAAGUCAAUUAAAAGUGGCUUAAGCCAAAAUAAUUCUAACUUGGUGUAACACAAGGUCAUCUAGUAGCUAAGCAACUAGGAUGUUAAUGAUCUUUCUGGAAAUCUACUGAAUGUCUAGAAUUAUUGAGAUGGUUACAAGUUUUGAGUUUAUUUUUAUUUUUGAAACAGCAAGUACUAUAAAAUUUAAUCUAAUACAGAAAGUAAUCUUUUGGUUCUUAAUUGGCUAUUCGUAUAGUACAAAUGACUGCUUUGGUUUAUGAACCAACUUUAUUCAUUUUUUCCAACAUAAUUUGGAAAAGUAGAGUUUUUAAACAUGAAAGCUUUGUGAGAAGAGAAACUGGGAGCGGUGAAGGGUUUGACACUCUGGACCAUUGAGUAGCCACUCCCCUACACUUUAUGUAAACACUUUGGGUGACAAGGAGUUCACUGUUCUUUCUGCAAACAUUUGCUUUAUUCUGAAUGCAUCUAACAAAUUGCAGCAAAGCCAUAACACUCUCCCCAGAAUCGAAAAACUUGUCUUUCCAUUGAUGUUAGAUCCAUCAGAAUGCAACUAGGGAAAUACUUGUUAGGCUAUGUGCUGCUUUUUCUUAAUCUUUUAUAAUUGAUGAACAAACAAAUAAUACUAUCAACAAAACAGUGGUCCUUAGCAUUUUAAAUAAAAUGUGGUCUGAUUCAUGGAGUUUGUGGAGUUCCAGACUCAAAUGUUUUCUUUGGAGGGGAAAAAAACCUGUGGAACUACUUAUUGAGAAGUCACACAUAAAAUCUCAAAUAAGAUCUACAGCAUAAAAACUAAAGGGGUGUGUGUAUAUAUAGAUGAGGAACUACCUGAAGUAUUUAACCUUUUCCCAUGUGUUCCCCCACUCUUCAGCUAAAAAAUCAUAGCAAGCAUCUUAAAGGUGAAGUAGAUUCAUAUAAUUGAAAUAAGAAGAUGCAAAGGUAAAAUCCACUUAUUACAAAGUUUUGCAUGAAGGAUAGUAAUUGCAAGAGAUCUUUCUCAUAUUUCAAUGAACUAUUGAUUAACCUGCUAUAGGUAGCUUCAUGGGAAGGGCAGUCAUGUUUCCAAUAUCUGGCAAAAUGGAUUUCUUUUAUCAUCUCAAGCUUGGGGAAACACCUUUUGUGUUUGUUUGUUGUCUACUGAUUAUAGCAAUAAAGACCAUUUGUUGUCUCUGAGAAGACGCUGAGCUUGUGUUUGAAUGAGCCAACUAUAACCAACUAAUAAGUUAUUCAGCACUCUAUUUUAUGUUUAAAAUGUUGUUGUACAACUAUUUAGGUAUUUUUAAUAUGCUGCUACUUAAAGCACAGUGACUAUAUUGAUGAGCUCGUGUUUGCUGCUAAUGUAUUCUAAUUUAGAGAGGGUUCUUCUGUAGCCGUUCAUCAAACCAGCUGCAAAAAUAAUCAGCAUUAUAGUUUUAAGUAAUUUCAGUUCUAACAAUUACCAAAAUCUGUCACUGGAAAUGGAGGCUGUGUAUAGCAACAAAGUGCCGGUUGGAAAGAUUAGGUGUGUCAGAUAUGACAUGUUUUUUUCGAUAUGGAGUGGCCUGUGUGUGAGCCCUGGAAAGGAGGGCUUUUGUAAUUCAGCACAUAGCUUUGCUAUAGUUUGCCCACUCUAAGAAUAACAUCUAAUUAUAUCAGAAGCUGGAUGAUUUGUACACGUUGGCUAUUGCAAGAGCAUGCUCAUGUUUCCCCAGUGCCUUUUAAAAAAUGCCAAGCAUUCCAGCACUUUUCAUGGCACCUAUUCCUCUUCUGUUGUCUCUGCAUUUGGCUUCCUUUAAUUCAGUAGCAGCUGCUGGGUUACCAACACCACUGCAGAAGGAAUAGUUACUGGCCCUUGUGAUUGGUGUCCUCUCUAUUCCACAGAUACAUAUUGGCCUGUCUUACAAACUAUGGGAAACCCAGCAUGCCAAAUAGAGAAUGAGAUUUAACCUUAUUUUUAAAAAGCUUAAUUUAAAUUUGCAUUUAUUUUAUUUGAGACUGCAGGACUGUGUGCUAAAAUGAGGUGAGCUGGGGGAAGCGUUCCCACAGUGCUGUGACACUUUUGUGCACUUUGAUGGACAUCCAGGGGUAGAUCAGUUUUAGCACUUGUGAGUGAAUAAUAGGGACCCUUUUGUCUGAAGUUAAAGCAAUGGGGAAAUUAGGAAAGAAAAUGGCAACUAUUAAAAGGCAACAUUUUAAUGGUUAUCCUUCAAAAAUUUUGUUACUUUGUGUUACGUUUUGCUUCCCCUCACCCCAUUUCUCUCCCUCCAGUGUUUUAUUGAAAGUGUAUAAAGUAUUUAUUUUGAUAGAAUAUACCUCCCUAAUAAAAAAAAAAAAGCUUUCUAAACACA